GACUGUUGAUCCGCGAUCUCGUCGCCGAGAUUCAUCUCACUUGUUCUCAUGUCUGAUCCUGCUGUUCAAGUUUCGAACCUCACCUUUGGUUUCGGUGGUCCGUCCCCGAUUUUGAAGGACCUUUCCUUCUCCGUUCCUCGCGGUGGCCGUUGCCUCUUGGUCGGCGCAAACGGGGCGGGUAAAUCAACAUUACUGACGAUCCUCGCAGGCAAGCGUUUAGUCAAAAAUAGUGGAGUGAGAGUAAUUGGGAAGAAUCCUUUUGAUGAUGGAGCACAGAAUAUCACUUAUCUCGGCACAGAAUGGGCUCAUAACCCUAUUGUGCGCCGGGACGUUCCUGUAUCUCGUCUGCUCAGAUCUCUUGGCGCACAGCGGUAUCCAGAUCGGUGUGCGGAACUACUGGAGAUCAUGGACGUGGACCCUGACUGGCAUAUGCACGAAGUAUCCGAUGGUCAACGGCGCCGUGUACAAAUUGUUCUAGGUCUGAUGGAGCCAUGGGAGCUUCUAUUGUUGGACGAAGUCACCGUCGACUUGGACGUACUGGUGCGCGCCGAGCUUCUCUCGUUUCUGCGCAAAGAAACCGAAACACGCAACGCAACCAUUCUAUACGCAACCCACAUCUUCGAUGGCUUGGGAGGAUGGCCCACGCAUGUCGCACACAUAGUAGAUGGGGUGGUCGAUGUAGUCAGAGACCUAACAAGUCCUUCUGGGUUUCCAGAGCUGACGGAAGCUAAACGGACGAGAAUGGAACAGGCUGGUGCAGUCGGUGCAUCCGUGCUGGACAACUCGCCCUUGUUGAUGGUGGUAGAGAAGUGGCUCAGAGAUGAUAGUAGUAGGAUCCGCAAGGAAGGAAGGAGAAAUCAAGAAGGGAAAGUGAUGACCAAGUGGGAAAUUCUCAGUGAAAACAUGAAAGAGUAUGGCGACAAGUUCUAUAAUUAUUGGAAUUGAAACCACAUCAAAGAACGGUAACAUGAUGCACUGCAGAUGAUGCCUGGAUAGCUUAUAGAUGCAAGUAGGCAUACACCAUUUUGAAGGGUAAAUUAUCAUAAUAGUGAUUGACAUGAGAAAUGCACGAGACGGCAUUUCAUAUCGCGUCAUGUGUUCUCAACGGUACGCCCUUACUCGCUCAUUGAACGCAUACACCGCUGUAUAUCCAUAAUGAUGAUGUUACCGCCCCGAAGAAUAUAUGAACAAGUAUGAAGAUAUGC